AUGGCGGAAAAGCAGAGGCAGUUGAAGUUGCAGAAGAUAUACAAACAAAAGUACAUCGGACUGGGAGAUGAGAGCACUACACGAGAACAGUGGCAGAGAAAUGUGAGAAACGAUACACUAAAUACAUUACAAGGCCACUCCGCAUCUUUGGAGUACGUUUCAUUGAGCCGAGGAGACCUUAGUAUACGUGACACUCGUAUUCACCUCCUGAAAUCCAUGUCCCCUGGCUAUAAAGCCUACUUACGAGAAGAGAGGUAG